AUGGCGACGAAGGAGCUUCAACUCCCACACGCCCAACCCCGCGAGCAGGUGCUGCACCCCUGCGACGUCAUUCAGCGCGGGGCGUUUCAAAAAGACAACGCCGAGCGCCUUCACCGCAUUCGCACCACGCUGGGCUGGGGCGCCGCGGCGGACACUGCCCUCACGGAGACGACGCUCCUCUCCACGCGUCGCCUCGGUGCGCUGCCUAGCAGCUUCGCGCUCUACCACCACUACCGCGGAACAGUGUCGGAGCUGACCCCGACGGACCUCUACGGCCUGCCUGAAGACGACCCCAACGUGCAGCCAUCCUCUCGCGCUAUUGUGGAGAAGUCCAUCUACGGGUACGAGUUGACGAUGAAGAACCUGGGGAUGUAG